AUGGAUAACUCUGAAACAAAAGAAAUCUAAGAAAAAUAAUUUAUAUGCAUUGAUCCAAAGUGUGAUUAAUCAAAUAGAUUAUUCAAAUCAAAAAAUGAAAAUCAUCCUCAUAAAUCUCAUGAUCAUUAAUUAUACUCUGAAUUCCAAAAAUUAAUUCGUGCACAAUUUCCAUAAUAGAUUAGAGAAUAAAUAAAUCAAUAAUUCAGCAAAGAUGAAUUAAUCAAAGCAAUCUAAACUAGAUCAGUAUAAAUGCAUGAGUCAGUCAAAAUUUUUGAAGAAAAUCUAAUAAAGUAUAUGUAACUCAUUAUGAAUCUUUAGAACUAUCGAAGCCUAUGAUAUUUUAGGUGCUGAUAAAGUUUCUAUUAAUCAAGCUUUAAGUUAAUUAAAUGAACAAAAUCCUCCAUAACAACUUAAUAUUUAAGGAUUAAUGCAUGUACUAAAAUUCAAUAAAUUGGGUCCCUAAAAGGUUUUGGAAAAAUGGAAAAGAGAAAAUGAAAUAAUCCUCAAAGAACUUAGUACAUAAGCAGAUACAGCCUUAAAAACUUUAGGGAAUGUAACAAUUGCAAGUUAUAUGCAUAUUUAACAUUUAUAAAGUCCUUUGAUUUUAUAAAAGUAAAUAAUUAAACUAUUAAUAGAAUGCACUUUGCUUGGAGUUAAAGUUAUAAAGCAAGUUCCGUAACAAUUAGAGAAGAUGCAGCUUAUGAGAAGGGAAAUUCUAUGGGAUUAGUGUGUAUUUAAUAGAUUUUGGAAAAAGAUUAAGUUUAGAGUAUCACAAUAGAUGUUAAAGAAAGAGCUGGAGUAUAAUUCAAUAUUAAUAUAUAGAAUCUUUAUAUAGGAGUUGUAGAUAUGAAUGAAAGAAAAUAAAGAGGUAGAAAGGCAUUCAGUUUCCAUGAUUGGAAUGAAUCAGGACAUGGAUUAUAUUUAAUAUAUCAUGGUGGAUGUAUAAGAAUAUUUAAAAAAAUUAGAUGUUUUUAGUUCAAAUGAUUAAUCUAUUAAUACUAAGAAAGCAGGCUUUACAUUUGAUUAAAAUGAUAAGAUAAUCCUUACCUGGAAUGGUCCUGAACAUUCUGUCACUAUUCUUAAAGUUGGAAGUAGUAAUGUAAUAAUAAAAAUGGAUUAUAAUAGUAAUUUACUUUUAAAGUCAAUCCUGAUGGACAAUACCAUUUUGCAGCAGGUUUGUUCAAAUGUGAAAUAAGAUUGGUUGAAUGAUCC